UCUGAUCAGAUUAAUCUGUUGGUUGAAGCUACCAAUAACAAAACAAUAAGAAGUCCAAGUGGAAAUUUCCCUUGUGCAUGCUGUGAUGGGGAAUGUGAGUUAAAAUGUCAAACUGUGUCCCAAAGCUCAAUUGAAUCUUCAUAUAUUGAGAAACCGGUUAUAAAAUUUCUCAAUGCAUGGACAUGGAACAAGGAUGUUGGUUUGGGCGAUGUAAUAGAAUGUAGAAAGAAUCUAGAGAUGCAGUUAGAGGAUCUCUGCAUCAAAUCUUCACAGAGCAGUUUGAAUCUUCAAAAUUUAACAAAACAGCUCACCCUUUUCCGUCGACACGUAGAAGAGGUGAGGAAAGUUCGCUAUUCAGAGGAUUCAAGAACUCGGGGGAUUGGAAAUCUGAAUAAAAACGAACUGGAUAAAUCUAAUGUUCAGAGAAAAUGGGUAUAUGAAGAAGUAGGCAGCAUUUCAUCAGAGAAGAGUAAAAAUCCUGUGUCAUCACCUCACACAAUUGUCACCACCUUAACUGAAGUAGGAUCUAAUGCUGCACUUAAUUUUCUAUUUGCAUUUUUCCGUCGUGCGUGGCAAUCAGACGAAGACGGGGAUGCCUGUUUUGAGUUGCUUAUUCACGCACUAGAAUCACUUCGCAGUUUACCUCCCGCGUCUAUCUUUCGUCUUCUACAUCAAAAGGAUAAUAGCACAUAUGACCUCUGGCUCAGAUUGCUCAACAAAUCUGUCUCAUUUCUACGUUCCAUUAUUUUCGAAGAAAGUUCGUGUUCCAUUCCUCUACGGGAUCGACAUGUGGCGCUACAACUUCUUUUAGAAGUCAGCAUACAACGUGGAAGCCUCCUCUGUGUUUUACAUGCUAUACACCUUCUGCUCGAAUUAUGGGACGUGGAGGAAAGUGGUCAGGACAACCGUUCAAAUAAUCGAGGUCCUGCGAUUGCUCCCUUAAUUCUGACGCUCCGCCGUUGGAGCGCAGUACAGCAAGAGCAGACGGGGGGUUCCGAAAAAUACAGUGAUGAAGAAUACGCUACUAGUCCAUCGGCUUGCCUUCUAAGGCAAGCCAGCUUAUCGCCUGAACCAGAAGAUGGUGACAAAGACGUCGACGUUGACCUAUAUCAAGCUGCUGUUCUCAUCUUGGCUCAUUUGGAUCGAUUAGCAGCUCCAUUUAUUCAUCCACCACUAUCGGAUCGAACAGUCAUUGAAAACACUUUAAUUCGAUUGGAUUUAAAUGCCUCGACCACGACAGAUCGUUACACCGAGGUCCACAAAUUUUCAAUCACAAUCGAACAAAUGAUCUGCACUGCCCUUGGCCUAUUAAUUCUAUCCGGCGAUGGCAAAGUGUACAUUAUCGGCUACACCGAUCCAGAACCGACUAUCCGAAUUCACAAAAGUUUCUCCGCUUUUUCGGUUGCGGAAAUUAGUUUUAUGGCCGGCGCUUGUGUCCGUGUUAUCCUAACUAAUUUUUCUCCCGCAACGCGUGGGUUACCCAACUAGUCGCUUUGUUUUAUGGAGGGAUCAGUAUAGCUAUUGCCUUUGUCGCUGAAUAUCUAGGUGGUGUUUUGCAAGCUUCUUUAACCAUUUUUGGUGUCGUGGGUGGACCGCUACUUGCCCUCUUCACCAUCGGGAUGUUUUCAACGGUCGUCGAACAAAAGGGAGCCCUUACUGGGUUGGUUACUGGACUGGCAUUCAGUUUGUGGAUUGGAUUUGGUGGUCCGAAGCCUCCCAUUCCACGUCUUCCUUUAAGAAACGAUGGCUGCGCCGAGUUCUUGAACGCAACAAUUGAUUCCACAACUGAGCAGUACCUUUCAACAAUUUCUCCUUCUGCCUUGCCAACAGGAGUCACGCCAGCAGAUGAUUACUUCCCACUAUAUCGUGUAUCGUUUAUGUGGUACGCACCUCUUGGAUUUCUUCUGACAGUUCUUGUUGCCCAAGUGGUCAGCCGGAUUGUUAGAUUAAGCGUUGAAAGGCGAGGCGUAUCAGGCCAAAAGAUCAAUGAAGAAUUGCUCAGUCCAAUGUUUCCGCAGUGUUUCCGCACUUCUCAUCAUCUUCCAGAUCCCAACUUACUGUUGACUCCUCGUGAAAAUUACGAAGAAAAACAGAGCCACGAAGACCAAACUGUAUCGAAAAUUUGAAGGCCGUUCCGAGCUCAGGAAUAGUAUCUGUUGUAGUCCAAAAAGCUCACCGAAAAAUCUCGGAAAGAAUCUCAUCAACUGGAAACCAGUUCACAGUAAAUUCAUUAAAUUUUGGAAUCCACGCACAAGUUAAAGAUCAACUCCUUUUUUUUAAUCUUCAGUGCAAUAGUACGUAGAAACGUAAAGUCCUGCGGUUUAAUGUGAAAUCAAGUGUGACCUUGUAGGGUUAACACUUAAAAGUAUCGUUGUUUUAAAAUCUUUCGUGUUAAUCACCAUUUUAUGUGGUUAAAGCCGCUUCAUCUCCGUGCGUCCUGAUCUACAUAUCAAAAUCUGUUCUUUGUUUUGGUAGGCUUUUUUUUGUUUCUAGUUCAAUGAAUCAGUUACAUCAUUGUUGUUAAUUGUAUGUUGAGAAUGUUUAGU